UCGCCUUCACCGACACGUCUGAGUGAAGAGGCACUUUCUCUAAAGUUUCAGCUGGAUAUGUGAAGCUGGUUUAAAGUAAACUUAGUAAAAUAUAUCUCUCUUUUGAAACAGAAAUGAACGAACUCGUAACGAGAACGCCUGGCUGACUUCAAUACAAACAAGGAUUACAGACAACGCAAGUGACCUCUUAGACUCAGCUACUAUUAAUGACACUGCACCAUGGCGAAGGGGAAGAAGAGUGGACCAAAGGGCAAAAAGAUCACCCUCAAAAUGGCCAGGAACGCCCUCAGAUUAACUCCUGAAGGAAAACGACGGUUGGACCUGAGCAACAUGGGAAUCGACACCGUUCCCAAAUGCCUCUUGAAACUGUCGGAUGUGGAGGAGCUGGACCUGAGUCGCAAUCAGCUGAAGAAGAUUCCAGACUUCAUUGGUCAGAUGACCAGCGUCCACUGGCUGGACCUCCACAGCAACUACAUCCAGCAGCUGCCGAAGAACAUCGAACAGCUGGACACCCUGCGUCACCUCAACCUGAGCAACAACAGGAUCAACUCCAGUGGAUUACCUGCUGAAAUAGGCAACCUGAGGAGCCUGCAGACCCUCAACCUGGGCAUGAACCGACUGACCACUCUGCCCCCAAGCAUGGCUGCUCUGAGCAACCUGAGAGAGCUGGGUCUGUUCGAUAACCAGCUCACUGCUAUUCCAGAAUAUAUCCGAGCGCUGCCCAACCUGAAGAAAAUCAACACCACACGCAACCCUAUAGCCUGCGCUCAAGGAGACAAAAAAGAUGUCAAGGCAAGCGAGGGUCUGUUCCUGGUGAGGGAGGAGGACCUGUGUGAGCUCUGCCUGGAGAAGUAUAAGGAGGGGAGAAAGAGACUGAAUGAGCAAAGGUUUUCAGAUCAGUCUCAGAAGAGGGGUGCUUUCUCAGGGCUGAUCACACCAAACUCAACAGCGCAGAGAAACCAGGAGCUGUGGCGAUAAAAACCACUGCCUUAAGACCAGCUUCUAAACAGCAGCAGACUGACCUACCUAAGAAUUAUAUGGACUUUCAUAUACUGCACAGACUGUGUAAUAAGACCGUUCAGAGCUGUAAACACUGCAAAUUGGUCAUGAAAUAAAAGAACAAAAAUGUUGACUGAAAA